GACGCGCAUGCGUAUUGGAUUGUUUUGACUGAAAAUGCCGUCGGUUUCGAAAACGGCGGCCAAUGCUUCUCCGCAAACCGAGAAGCCUACUCACUAUACUUAUUUGAAGGAAUUCAGAACAGAACAGUGCCCGUUGUUCCUCCAGCACAAGUGCACGCAACAUAGACCCUUUACCUGUUUUCAUUGGCAUUUUCUUAAUCAGCGGCGAAGACGGCCCAUACGAAGAAGAGAUGGGACUUUUAACUACAGUCCCGAUGUUUAUUGCACAAAAUAUGACGAGACAACAGGCAUAUGUCCCGAUGGAGACGAUUGUCCGUACUUACACCGCACCACUGGUGACACAGAGCGCAAGUACCACCUCCGCUACUACAAGACGGGGACGUGUAUACACGAGACGGACGCCCGUGGGCACUGUGUAAAGAAUGGUCUGCACUGUGCGUUUGCUCAUGGGCCCCACGACCUCCGACCCCCGGUCUAUGAUAUCAGAGAGCUUCAAGCACAAGAGGCGCUCCAGAAUGGGCAGCUUGGGUCGGGCGAAGGUAUCCCAGACCUCCAGCCUGGUGUCCUGGCAAGCCAGGCCAUGAUAGAGAAGACUCUAACGGAAGACCCCCGAUGGCACGAUACCAAUUUUGUAUUAGCAAACUACAAAACGGAGCAAUGCACCAAGCCCCCCAGGCUAUGCAGGCAGGGCUACGCCUGCCCGCACUAUCACAACAGCAGAGACCGGAGAAGGAACCCCCGCAAAUACAAGUACAGGUCGACUCCCUGUCCCAAUGUGAAGCAUGGGGAUGAGUGGGGCGAGCCCUCCAAGUGUGACAGUGGAGAUGGCUGCCAGUAUUGUCACUCCCGCACAGAGCAGCAGUUUCACCCAGAGAUCUACAAAUCCACUAAAUGCAACGACAUGAGGCAGACUGGCUACUGUCCAAGAGGACCAUUCUGUGCUUUUGCUCACGUGGAACGGAUCCCCUCCGCAGAGGAGACGAUGAGCUCCCUGCUGAGCGCCAUACAGUCCGGCUCCCAGUCCCAGCAGUAUUCCGAGUGUCCAAUCAGUGAGUGGAACAGCGGAGGCAGCUCCUCCACUCCUGCAGGCAGCAGCAACGGCCAGAUAAAGAAUGAGGGACAUGGAGAUCAAAAGCUGAAUGACUCAGACAAGCAGCAGAACGCCGUGUUCUCCGCAGGGAACCCCUUAACGUGCAGCGUCACCUCCAGCGUCACAUCGAGCCUGGCUUCCAGCAUCGGCUCCGACAGCUCCUCGCCCACCACCCUGUCCACCAUGAACGUCAAGGCCACCCCCUUCUACCCAGGGAGCAACACGGUCGAGUCCGUCAUUGGCUCGGCUCUAGAUAUUAACUUCAGUGACAUCAACGUUGCGUCUCUUGAACAAGAUCUGGAGGAGCAAGAGGACCAAGUGGGGUUUGCAAGUCAAAGGUUGCUCGCCGGAUCGGCCCCGGUUAACAUCCCGGGCUCCCUGGGCCGCUCCUCCUCCUUUAACUCCUCGUCAUCGCUCUCCACCUCGCCCAUGAGCUCCCUGUCCCAGUCCCUCUCCCAGUCCCUGCUCGGGGGGGUGGUCUCCCAGACCCCCCAUCAGCCCUCGUCCAUGUUGGCCAAGCAGGAGCACGGCCUCCUGGGAACCCCCACCUCCUCGUCCCAGAACUCCCUAGGUUUGAACGGAGCCGCCAGCAGCAUCUGGGACUUUGUGAGCGGCAACUUCUCUCCCAGCCCGUCGCCGGUGUUCAGCAGCCUGACCUCGGGGUGCAGCGGCGGCGGGGGGGACCUGGCCCGCCUCUUCAGAGAGCUGGACGAGGCCAAGAGGAAGCUGAAGCAGUGGGAGGAAGCGUGGCACCAGGUCAAGCAGGCGUGCGAGGCGUGCCAGAAAGACGCGCUGGAGGCGAAGGAGCGCGUGAAGUCGGCGGAGGCGGAGCGCCAGCUAGCGGAGCAGAGGUGGGAGGAGACGGAGCGCAGGCUGAAGGAGACCCAGGGGGACUUUGACGCUCUCUGCCGCGGCCCCGGUACGCCCCUCCUGCGUGGUCACGGGGACCUGGACCAGCUGCCCCUGUCCAAGCUCCACUCCAUCCAGAGCCAGCUGCGCAAGGACCUGGAGCUACUAGACGGGGUAAUAUAUCAGCUACAGUCAAAGAAAUGUAUAGUUUGCCAAAAGCAUGAUCGUUGCAUUGUACUGCAACCGUGCCAACAUUAUGUACUUUGUGAGAACUGUGCGCCUAGUAAAACAGAAUGUCCUUACUGUAGAACAAAGAUUUUAAAGUGGUGAUGUACAAUUAUACAAGGGUACUAUUUAUAGAACUAGCUUUUAGUAAAGAUAUAAAAAAAACGGAUUCACAUUAUGCUUAGAAUUUUCUAAAAUUGAUAUUUGUGUUUUGAUAGUAACUUGAUACACAUAUGAUUAAUGAUGUUUGACUGGUCAAAUAACUAUUACAAAUUGGGUAGUUCAAGUUUUUUGGGAAAUAGUUCUUUCACAUGAUGGAAGUCCAAUCACCCUUGCAUGCAAUUAUACAAACACACAAAAUGUAUUCAUAUAUUAGUACUUUGAGGGAUAAUGGUCGACCAAGUUAAUCAUUUUCAACAGUAUUUAUUCAUAUUGGCAACCAAAGUUAGCCCCAACCCAAGUAUCUUGGAGACAAAACAAUAUUGUGUCAUAGCUGGGCAAUAAUUUGAUUAGAGAUGGUCCACCAUCAUAUACUGCUCUAGAUUGAUUUACAGACAAUGUUCCUAAAACUGAAAAAAACAACUAACAAAAAUAAUGUUUUUAAACAAGCCUACCAAAGACAUCCUUUUAGCUACUUUCAUGAUAAAGUUUAGUAGCACACUGUUUUGUCUCAUCCCCUGGGGUGAUGUCUUCAAAGUAUUUGAAUCAUUUUAUCUAACUAAUGCUGCCAUAGUUUUUUCGCAUAUCACAAAUUGAAUCUUUUGAACCACAUCGACUACAAAAUAUAACUUUUCUAGACCCACUCAAAUUGAUUUCUAUAAUAAUUGAUAUGAUAUAUUAUCAAUUGUCUGGAUGAUAUAACAGAGUAGAUGGAGCAUGAUUUAACAAAGUGUUUAUUAACUAAAAGGCCUAUUAUAUAAGUCGUUUGAGGGAUUCUUCCUGAAGCCACCGACCUCAGGAUGAAGCACACAGUGAAAGUAUUGUUGGUAUUUAGUUUCAGGAGUGUUGCUCUCUCUGGUUGGCUAUCUCUGUUAAGGGGACCAAAACUAAAUGUGCAUUCAGCACAAAAAUUUAAAAAAGAAAAAAAAAAAAACAGCACCCUUAUUCACUACAUGCGGUACAAUACUCAUAAGUUGUUAAGAUUUACUGAUGUAGAAAUUGUGUCUUUUAUAUCAUCUUAAUGAAAUAUAGAAAAUUACAAAUGUAGCCUUUUUUCAGUUCCCCUUAGUCAAUUACUUUUUCAAGCCCACAUAUUUAGUAGCAAUCAUUUGUAGUAUGUGUAUACUAUACCCAGUCAAGCAUCAUUAUUUUGACCAACUUUCCAGAAGUUAUUUUUCUUUGUCGGCCUGGGAUGUAUAGACAUUUGCUUUAAGCUGCAUUGUAGGUUUAUAUUUUUCUUAAAUAAGCAAAUUUCUCGUUUUGUGCAAACUGUGAAACAUAAUGAUAUAGGUUUCCUUUUUAAGAUCAUGGUAUGUUCUCUCUCUCUCUCUCUCUCUCUCUCUCUCUCUCUCUCUCUCUCUCUCUCUCUCUCUCUCUCUCUCUCUCUCUCUCUCUCUCUCUCUCUCUCUCUCUCUCUCUCUCUCUCUCUCUCUCUCUCUCUCUCUCUCAUAUUAAAAAAAUAAUCUGUUAGAGGAGUUCAUAUUAGUUCCUAUUUUAAUCGGUAAAUGAAUACAAUUUCAAUCAAAUAAGUGCACAUUUAAAAUGCAAUUUUUAAGGCAUAACCAGCAGCUGUGAUCUCAGCAAGGCAGUUAUUCAAUCGGUCCUUUUUAACUCACGUAGAGGUAUAACCCUAUGUAUAGCCCUAGCUAUUAGAAUUGCGUGUCAUCAAAUGCCGGUUAUUGUGAAUCUCGUAGAUCGCCUACUGAUUGUGUCUAGGACAUAUCGGCCUCUCACUCUUUUAAGUGCCUUGCCUUUUAGAUUCCAAGCUCACGUCCAAGCAGUCAACGUGGUAGUCGGCUCUCAUGCGCGGGUGCGAAACAUGUCUCUUUUUUAACGGCAGAAGAGAUCGUGUGCCCCUGCGUUACAGAGGAACGAUCCUCACUCAACUAAGUAUAUCUGUCGAUUUAUAAUAGUACAGAUUUAGUCAGCGCCCGUGGUCCGACUUCUACCCCUUUGAUAUGCACCACACACAAACCUGUGUGGAGCUCGAUUGGUGCAGCUUCACCAUCAGUCUGCUAUGAAAACGUUUUUCAAGUAAACAUUUGGAAGUAUGCAAACACGUAAUAGGGACAAGACUAUUUUGAACAGUUAAGUGAUAUCUUUUUUGUCAGUGAAUGAAGAAUUCUGUGGUUAAAACUUGCUCGUUGCGUUAAUAAUUACGACCGUGUAUUGUGCUUUGGUUACUCUAAUUGAAACGACCUUCUACUGUGUAAAAAAAACUAAACGACAACAACUGCAUUUUCUUGCUUUAAGUUUGAUAGAAGAAAAUAACAAACAUGCCAUCUCCAGGUACACCGUUUGCUGUUUGCAAGGGUGGGAAAAUGAUUUGUUUACAUUCAAAAGGAUGGAAAUCAAUUGGCUCACGGGAGGGCAACCCUCAUUAAAGUUUAUGGUUAUUUUGUUUUUGUGUUGAUAUUAUAGCAUAUGAUCUAUUGCAUGUUAUAUUAUGCGAUUUCUUAACCAGCUUAAAAAAAAAGGACAAAAAAAAUCGGUUUGCACUGUCACACUGCCAGAAUAUUUGUAAUGAAUCAGUUCUAGUGUACUAAAGGCUUAUUAACGUCACUUCUGCAAGCUUUGCUGCAACUAGAAACGGUAUUAUCGUAGUUUAUUGUAAUACAUUUUAGGUGUUUGAAUGUUGUGCAUAAAAAACUUGGAUAAAACGAAACAAAACUUUUCUAAACUAUGUUCUUUUUCAUCAGACUUGGCAAAUCUUAUGCUCGGUAUGUCUUUCUAAAUAGGCUGUCAUCCUUUGAUCAACUUAAAUCACUGCAAUUGACUUGCAGGUCUGCACUUAUGUAAUUAGCUAAAAGAAUGUUCAAAUCGUAUUCUCUUUGUAUUAUACCCUUCCGACAGACUGCAGCAUACGCAGUGCUAUCGGUCCACUUUUACAAGGGUAUGAUAAGCUAUUCUGUUUGGGCGUUUUCAGACAUCCAAGUUCAGGAUGUCUAGAAUAGAUAAAAAAAAGCAAAAAAUAAGAUUUAACCAAAGUGGUUGUAUGUAUUUUUGGGACAUUUGACCCUAAAAAUAGAAUGCAAAUGUCAUGUUUAUAUUAUCGCAGUGUUCAGUCCAAAAGUCUUGUCCACGUCUAGAAAUGUACUGUAGACCAAGGCUCUCGUAUUAAUUUCCUAAAGUAAGUUUCCAUUUGUUGACACAUACAUUUAUGUAACGCAGCUAAAGUACUUUGCUAAGGUACUUUACCAAAGUACUAAGUUAGGAAUAACUUUAUAUAAUGUCCAAACAAUGGUAGAUUUUACUCAUUUCAAAUUCAUGGUCAAUUUAUUUCCACGCGUCUAUUAUAAAUUGAAUUAUUAUAAAUUCUAUUUCAGGGUACAUUUUUCCUUUUGCGUUUGUCAAUUGAUACCACACACUAUUCUCUUAGUGAGCAAAUAAGAGGUUGAACUAGCUUUUCUUACAAUAUUAAGGAUUUUAUAGUUGUACCAAAGACCUCUGCUGUUAUUUAUUUUGAAUUACACUACGAUAUUUGAUAUUACGCCUUCGAUAUUCAUCUUUUUUUUUUCAGAAUAAAAAUGAAAUAACAAUUUGAUUAUCACCUAGUACCUUAAAUAGAUUCUCAGAAUGAUUUCCCAUAUCCAUUUAGUCUCUAGGGAUAAAGAAAUAUAAAAUAAAUGGGUCAAAUUCUAACAAAGUAUCUGUAUUUGUAUAUUAAAUUUUCUGUGACGUAUAUUCUGGUGUUGCUGACAAAUGUGACAUUGUCUGUUUGCCCGUUGUACCUUAAGCUAACGUACAUUUUUGAACAGUUCUACAUGGAAGGAUUGUCAGGUGAAUGAUGUGUUUAAGUUCUUGAGAGGCCAUAGAAUUUGUUCUUUUACUUUUCUGGACUAUCAAUGGUUGUGUGCUGUAUGCUUCUACAGUAAAUCUACAAUGCCUGUCAGGUGCUUUUCUUUUGACUGUUUUUCUUCUUGUUUAAGCUUUUUGUGAUCAUGGCUAGAAAAUCAUUCUGUUUUACUCUAAUCAAUAUAUUCCUUUAAUAAUGGUGACCAGCAUCAAUGGCAAAUACAGACAUAUUUAAAGAAAUCUUGACUUAUGUUACCUGCCCUAAAAAAAAUUCUAUUUCUAAAGAGAUUUUACGAUUAUUUGCUCUGUGAACGUACAGCUUACAUUUAAAAAUGUUCCUUAAAUUUGAUUUAAAUGUAUCCCGAUACUGGACAAAUUGAACUUCUACACCUGUGCCUUUAAUUCAAUUACAAUGAUCUCAAUUGGAAUCAAGGAUAUUUUGUGCCGAGAUUGUGUUUUGAUAACAAGUUGAAUAGAAAAAUACAAGACUUAAUUUUGAUCAAUAUUUCAGUGCCUUAGGACAUUUUGUAGACCUUUUAAAUUAUCUGCUCUUUAACUGAAGGUCCUAAUAAAAGGCUUCUUUGGCUUUGGACAAUUAGAUUAAACUACUUACAAAAUAACCAACGCAUGACACAAGGGUGUCCAAUAUUGUCCAAGGGGGUCCCGCUGUCUGUAUUUGCCAUAAUAUUACAUUGCAGUAAUACCUAAUUUUAUAUUAUUACGACAUCAGUUCUCCAUAAAAAUGCCCAGUUGAUGUAUAAUCAACAUCAGUUGUGGAAUAGUUGCAUUACUGUUAGUUGUUUUGUGAUGUCUUUUUUUUGUUCAAAAAAUAAUAAUUGAGCCUGAAGAUUUAUGCAAUGUUGUACCGGUGCAUACCCUGAGUACAUGUAUACGAGUUAGGCAGUUGGAAUUUAAUAAUUUGAAAGAAAAAUAGCACAAGUUUUGUCAAUAUUGAGGGACAACUUGUUCCAUAUGCCACAAAUAUUUUAAAGUAGGAAUGUUACUUUUAACUUUGAAGCCCGGAAAUAUUGAAUGUAUUCUUGAUUUUAAAUAUACCAUGGAUGGGUCACUGGAGAACAGUUGAAUCAUUAAGAUGUAGCAUCUAGUUGUAAAUCGCUAUCCAUUCAUAUGUACACAAACUAGAACAUGCAAAAUUUCUGAAGUUUCUGUAUGUAUCAGUGUAUCGAAAUGGUAGAGAAAGAAAUGUGAUGUUUCUCAGGGUAAAACAAUGAUUUGAUGGAGAGCCAAUGUUUUUAAUCUGAGGAAACGGCAUUUCACAGAUUUAUUUACCUUGAUGUCGGUUGGUUUAAUACAUUUAUUUAUAAAUGGAACAUGUCCCUUAUUUUGUGGCAAGCUGUUGAUAUGUAGGACACUAUUCUGAUAAUCCCAGAAAAAGAAAUAUUUGUUUGUAUACUGAUAUUGUGUAAUGAACACAAGACAUUACCUGCAAGUCUAUUAUAAUGCUAGUCUUUUUUUUUUCUAAAUUAAGAUUUGUGUACUGCAUAAUAUUUUCUUUAGUGUUUUACUAGUUUGUUAACUGUUGUUUAAAUGUUUCACUACGGUUAUGCAAUGGUUUACAGAUUUCACAUUUAUUUUUAUCAUCUUGCAAAUAAAAAUGAUUUUUUUCAUCUGAAA